UGGCAGCGUUAUGGGCAACAUAUGUUUUACAAAUGUCAUUCAUAAAAAUAUGUUUGAAAUAUUUAAAUUAUAACAGACAAUACAUAAAUUUGCGAGGAAAAUUAUAUCAAAAAUUGAUGAAAACAACAAAAGAACCCCAAAUUUCAUCACUAGCGAGUCGGAGCACCUAUGGGAACUGAAGGAAAAGUAUAAGCUGUUAUGUUAAGAGUGCAAACGAACGGACACUUGCCCUACGCUACGAAAGAUGUCGCUGAAAAUUCAAAGCAAAUUCAAAACAAAAAUCACCUGUUAUUUAAGCAUUGCUUAAGCCUCCCAUUUUCAGUGCUUAAGCAUAACCUAAGUAUGAACUGUAAAACACUAUUUUCCUGUUUUAUCUUAAGCACAACAUAAGUAUGGAGUACAUUUGGAGUUAAAUUUAGAGCUAUAUGUGCUAUUGCAGUAGAUGGCGCUACAUGAGGAUACAUUUAUUGACACUUAUUUGUGAUACUAACGGCUGACGUUGUAAGGUAAUUGAAUAAGUGCGCUGUAUUAGGCUAGAUGGCGCUAUAGAAGCAGAUGUGUGGCAACCUAAUUUAAAUAUACGAGCCUUCUGGCAACAUUUUUUGAUGUAAGAAAAUCGAACAGAACUAUUUCAAGCAUUCUGAUGAAAUAAAGAAACAGAAAAGAAGCCAAAUAUUUCGUUAAGCGUUUUUCUUGGAAAUUAAGAGAAUAAAUAGAAAAAACACAGAAGUGUGGACUCGAGCACCACAUAAUUGGUGACCCCAACUUGUAUACAUCAACUACAAUCAGCAUAUUCUUGCAUCGCGAUGCCACUACUGAAUUCACCUAACAAAGAUGAAGGCACACCGAAAUCGGACGCAACCUGGUCAGCACAGCAAACACAGGCAGAAGCAGGCACUAGAGAAGGGGGCCAACACAACGCGAUAGAAGCAGUCGGUGUCAUUAGACUACCCCAGUUUUUGCCAUCGGACCCAGACCUGUGGUUCACGCAAAUAGACGGCUUGUUGCACAUAAAUCGUAUCACAUCUGAUGUCUCAAAAUAUUACACCGUAAUUACGGCACUUGAUGCAGAAACCCUACGCCAAGUCUCAGAUGUUGCAAGAAACCCACCGGACACGGGCAAGUAUGACAAAUUGAAGAAGGAACUAAUUGCUCGUUUCAGUGAGUCCAAGGAGAAGCAGCUGAUGAAACUUCUAACAGGAAUAGAACUUUUCAAUAAGAAACCCAGUCAAUUGUUGAGGGAAAUGCGUGAUCUGGCCGGCAAUAACGUCUCUAAGGAAGCUCUGUCAACAUUGUGGUUGCAGCGAAUGCCCGACAACGUUCGUUGCAUAUUGUCGGCGUGCAAGUCUACAGACUUGGAAAAUCUCACCGAGGUAGCCGAUCGAAUCGUAGAUAAUUCACCCUCAUACAUAGUCGCAUCUACAACCAUUCCGCAAGACAACGAAGCAAAUUGUUCAGCUCUAAACAUAUCCAAGCAAAACACCUUUGAAGCACGACUAUUGGCGUUGGAGACAUCCUUCAACCAAAUUAUUCAAAAACUAAGCGAAAUAUCAGUCAACAUGGCUGCAACAAUGAACCAACGCCGUAGUUCAAGCGCUGAACGCGGCGGCGAACGAAGCAGAAGUCGACUACGUGAAAACGCAAAAGUAUGUUACUACCAUAUUCGAUUUGGUGCAGCAUCGAGGAAAUGUCAAGCGCCAUGCGAAUUCAACAAACCUACUGAAAGCACGCAGGGAAACUAA